UGGGAAAGAGCACGGGUGGUCGGCUUAUCUCCGCCUCCGCAAGAAAGUGCGGACGUCCCUCGAUGAAUUAGCGAUGCUUCAAAUCCUCCGCCCGCUGAGCAUGAAAAUUCGAAAGCGCCGCACGUUGAAAGGAAUAAUUUUGGUGGGAGCAUCAAGCCUGCUGGUUUUAGUGUGGCUCGGACCAUCCAAGCAAGAUGAGAGUGAGGAGGAGCGGCGGCCGGGCGGCAGGCCGGACCUGCUACUGGCCGCCGAGCGGCGUCUCUCGCAGCUGCAGCUCAGCUCGGAGGAGGUGUUCCGCGCCCUGCACGGCUCGCUCAGCGCCGUCACGCUGCGCCACGGCUGCAGCUCCGUGGCGCGCGUGGGCGGCCUCUGCACGUGCCAGGUGGCUGAUGGGUAG